AAACAAUUAAAUUAUGUUCAUCAUUUGGAUGGGCCUUGAAUGUUUUUUUACCAUCCAGCUAUUUGCCAUAAAAUCAACACUUUAAAGUCUUUGACCAUUUACUGCUGUCAUACUUUGACUUUUCAUAACUUGAUAUGAUAAUAAGCUUUUGACUUUUUUUGGUCUGUUAAACUUUUCUCUUUACCUAAUGACUUUGUCGAAAGAAAGAUGGCAGUAGUAUCCUACUGUCACAUUUAAUUUCGCUAUAGCGUGUUGUAUUUCAACAGAUUUGUUUUCGUAAGAAUAUUGACCAAUGAAAAACCGCUAUAUCGAAAUUGAGUCUCACUAGUUCUAGCUGUUCUUGAGCAAAAAACAUGUUGAAAAAGUUGAAAAAAUUUUAGUCUCAUGAUUUUAACAUAGCUUUGGCUGAAUAAAGCAUGGGGAAUAAGUUAUCGGACCACUAAAAGGAAUUUUACGGCGAGAUAUCCAAUUUCAGCGAGUUAGUCUUUGUGUAUUGGGUGUGAGAGCAGAAACAGUUCUUGAGUAUACAGAGUAAGGAAGGAAAAUUGACUAAACCCAUGAUUUUACAGCUGAAAAUGAUUUGUGGUCGUUGCUUACUGAAAUGUAGAGCAUUGAAAACAUGCUUAAACCUACAACGAAACUACAUGAUGAAGAUCCCAAGAAUUCAUGGCAAAAUAGAUCAGUUAAACUCAGUUGCAAGUUUAAAUAGAAAAGUAGGAAUAACAUUGAAUCCAUCUUUGACCUGUCAGCCUCACAUGAAUUAUUGUAUGAGUACAACUGGAGAAAACAGGAUACCUUCAAAUGGUGAUCGUAGCAAUGAGACCGAUUACAGUAUAGUUAUUCCACUUGAUCUGCCAGAGCCAACAUUUGAUUGGUUAAAAUUAUGCGAUCCUCGAAAUACUCAACAGAUUGAAGAAAAUAUCAAGAAUCGGAAAGGUGUUGGAGACAUCUAUAAAGUGAUUCAACUUUGGAAAGACCUUCAAGAAAUUAAAACAGUAGAGUUACGUAAAGAAGUACGACAACAAGUUUAUCGAGAGGCAAGCCAAAUUCCCAAUGAAUCCCACCCUGAAUCUCCGAUUGGUGAUGAGUCAAAUGCAAAUGUGUUAGAGACUGUUGGGGAAAAGAAAGAGUUUGACUUUGCUGUGAAGUCAGUGGUAGAAUUAGGAGAGCACUUGGAUAUUCUUCGCACAAGCAAUGUUACACUCAGUUCUGGACCAAGGACCUACUACUUCAAGGGGGCACUUGCUAGACUGGAACAGGCUUUAGUGCGAUACACUGUUGAGAAACUUCUUGCUCGGGGGUUUCAACUCAUCUCUGUGCCAGAUCUCAUACAUCCCAGCAUCAUUGAGGGUUGUGGAUUCAGCACUACUGGUGAAAGAACACAAGUUUACAGGCUCAACCCAGAACAUGGAGACAUCUGUCUGGCAGGCACUGCUGAGAUGGCGCUUGCAGGUCUACAUAUGAAUAAAACUGUUGAAUUAAAGAAGUUGCCAAUGCGCCUUAUGGCUGUGAGUAGAUGUUACAGGGCAGAAACAUCAUCUGCCACAGAGGAGAGAGACAUCUAUAGAGUGCACCAGUUCACAAAGGUUGAAAUGUUUGGUCUGACAGAGGGGGAUAAAGAGAAAAGUGGAGCACUGCUGAGAGAAUUCAAAUCCAUACAGAAAACUCUAUUUUCAGAAUUAGGACUUCAUUUCAGGGUGCUAGACAUGCCUACACAUGAACUAGGGGCACCAGCAUACAGGAAAUUUGACAUUGAGACGUGGAUGCCACAUAAACAAUUCUGGGGCGAGAUUUCCAGUUCGUCAAACUGUACAGACUUCCAAACAAGAAGACUUCACACAACUUACAAAAACCCUGAGGGAAAACUGAAACAUGUUCACACUGUAAAUGGAACAGCGUGUGCGAUACCACGUAUGAUAAUGGCACUGGUGGAGACCAAUCAGAACAAAGAUGGUACAAUAAAUAUUCCAGAGGCAUUGCAGACAUAUAUGGGAGGAGACAAGACAAUAACUAAGUCACCAAUAGCCACACCCUUGAACUGGUUAAAACUGAAGGAAUGAGUAGAAUAUGCAGACUAUGUGAUCUUUAUUAUGCUGUUAUAAACAGUACAUCACUACCCUGGGGGAUAUAGAUGUACCCAUACAUCCCAGUUAUUAUUCAAUAAGGAGCAAAGUUGGGAGCUUGACAAAAUUGGGCCUACCUUAGGAAAUGCAUUCUGGUUAAUCAGACCCCUCUUAUCUGUCAUUUGGAAAGAUCGGGACAAAGAGAGUGUGUAGUUAUCGCAAAGCAGGACAUGGCAUAAACUCAAACAUGGAGUAAAAAUACAAUGAGUCAAAGUACCAUGUAUAAACAGCUUUGUAGAAAGAAUUGUAAGACUUAAAUUACAUUACAAAUACAGUGUCGUCUCUACUGUAUAAAAAAUGUUUUAAUGAUUUGACACUUAUAAUUAUGUUUUAACAAAUUUAAAGACUU